GUUGUAAUUGUAUAGUUCAAUUUUAGUGUUUAAGAAAGAGGUUUAAUUGAAUUUUCUUCAAGUUUUCAAGAUAUUGCGGUUUAGAAUAUGAGGGAAGUUAUUUCUAUUAAUAUCGGACAGGGUGGUAAUCAAAUUGGUUCAUCAUGCUGGGAACUGUAUUUGUUAGAACAUAAUAUAUCAGCAGAUGGAAGUCAAAAUGAAUCUUUUCAAAAUGACGAGAGUCAUCAUACAUUUUUCUAUCAUACAGGAGCCAAUAGAUAUGUACCUAGGGCUGUGUUUAUUGAUUUGGAACCAUCUGUAAUAGAUGAAAUAAGAGUUGGUAAAUAUCGUUCUUUAUAUCAUCCUGAACAGCUUAUAUCUGGCAAAGAAGAUGCUGCAAAUAAUUACGCUCGUGGACAUUACACAAUUGGCAAAGAAAUUAUAGAUGAUGUAAUGAAUAAAUUACUAAAAUUGUCGGAACAAUGCGAAACUCUUCAAGGUUUUUUAAUAUCACAUUCCUUGGGUGGAGGAACGGGAUCUGGUUUCACAAGUCUUUUAAUGGAGAAACUUCAUACUGAAUACAAUAAGAAAUGUAAACUUGAAUUCGCUGUUUAUCCAUCACCAAAAGUAUCAACAGCUGUAGUUGAACCAUACAAUUCUGUUUUAACAACACAUUCUACUAUGGAGUAUUGUGAUUGUUGCUUUAUAUUUGAUAAUGAAGCGAUUUACGAAAUUUGUCAAAAAAGCCUUUGUGUUGGAUUGCCACGCUACACAAAUUUAAAUCGCUUAAUAGCACAAGUAGUAUCUUCAACGACUGCUUCAUUGAGAUUUCAAGGGUCAAUGAAUGUUGAUCUCAAUGAAUUUCAGACAAAUUUAGUUCCUUAUCCAAGGAUUCAUUUUCCAUUAGUAGCUUAUGCCCCGCUUAUAUCGGCUGAUAAAGCAAUUCAUGAAAUGUCCUCAAUUACAGCUCUCACAAAUAGCUGUUUCGAUACAGGUAAUAUAAUGGUUAAAUGUGAUCCAAAACAUGGCAAAUAUAUGGCGAGUUGUUUAUUAUAUCGUGGAGAUAUUGUCCCAAAAGAUGUAAAUACAGCAAUAAAUACAAUUAAAGCUAAUCGUAACAUCACUUAUGUAGACUGGUGUCCAACAGGAUUUAAGAUUGGAAUAAAUAAUCAACCACCUACCGCUGUACCAGAAGGAGAUUUGGCUAAAACCUCGAAAGCAGUUUGUGUACUUUCUAAUACUACAGCCAUAGCAGAAGCUUUUGCACGACUUAAUUUAAAAUUUGAUUUGAUGUUCAAGAAGAGGGCUUUUAUACAUUGGUUUGUUGGAGAAGGUAUGGAAGAAGGUGAAUUUAGUGAAGCCAGAGAAAAUUUGGCAGCCUUAGAAAGGGAUUUUGAAGAAGUAUCUGGCGAUACUGCUGAAUUUGAAGAAGAUUGCAAUGAAACCGAGUAUUAAGUUGAAUGCGAAGUAAAAUACAAAAAAAAAUCUUUUACUUAAUAAGAAGACGUAAACCUUAUGCAUAUUACAUAUAAAAAUAAAGCUACUUUAUGCAUAUAAAUUGUACAAAAAAAAGUUUUUUUAAGAAUUUUUUUAUUUAUUUGUAUAUUUAUAAUAUUUAAAUUCAAAAUUAAAAGUUAUAGGUCACAAGAUUGUAAUUGAGUAUUCAAACGAAAACGAUACAAAUAUGUUUUUUAUCAAAAAACUACAUAUUGUGCCCUUCUUAUUGUUAUUCAUUCUAUUAAAUUGUGUUAAAAUUUUUCUCUUUUUUUUUGUAUAAGAUUAUGCAUAAAAAUCAUGAAAUAAAACAUUAAAUAAUACACAAAUUCGGUUAGUUUUUUUUUAAGUCUUUAUUGUAUAAUAUUAAACUCCUUUUUUUAAAUUUAGUUGUUUCAAUUCUACGACACAAUAUGUACACAUUUAUGUACCUUGUAUGUGGUUUUUUAUUUUUCUAUUUUGUAAUCACCCAUUUUUUUCUAAUCAGUUUU